ACAACCACUCCUAAAAUAUACAUCUUGAACCUCUUAAAAAGAACCCGUCUAUAAGCAACCACAAUGCCUCAGGAAACUCAACCCCAGCAUAAGGAAGGAUUCAUGGAGAAAUUCUUCGAGCACCACCACCAUCACAAUAAGGACAACAACAGUGGCGAUAAAUCCAAAGCGCAGGACCAGAAGCCUCAACAGAAGGAAAGCGAGAUGGACAAGCUCCGGGACUACUACCACCGGGAUGAGGAAUUGGAGGAACAAGGGAAAACCUAUGGAGGAUUGAUGUGAUUACUGUCAUUUGAUGUUUUUGUUGUAACUAAUCUGAAUGAUAUAUGCACAUAUGUGAAUACCUGUCGAUAGUUGAAUGAUCGAAUAUUUUACCUGGUA